AUGCCACAAAGCGUACAGCCCUUCAGCGUCCCCGUCUUAUUCACCGAGCUCGAUCACGAGCCAAAGAAUACCUGGAUCCCGUACGGCCCUCCCGAGAAGCGAACUAUCGCCAAAGGAUGGGUCAAAGAGGACGGCCGCAAGGCUUUCCUAGUCGACACAGUCUGGGAGAAAGACGUCCACAUCCCGCUCCGAGACGGCGUCGAGCUCCUGGCCGACGUCUUCCGUCCACUCACAUCCGACAGUAACCCCGUCCCGGCCAUCAUGCCCUGGAGCCCCUACGGCAAGACCGGAACCGGCAUCCAGCAGCUCGACAUGUUCCCGUGGCGCGUCGGCGUGCCGCGCUCCGCGACGAGCGGCCUGGAGAAGUGGGAGGCCCCGGACCCGGCCGAGUGGGUCGGCCGCGGCUACGCCGUCGUCAACAUCGACGCGCGGGGGUCGUUCAGGUCGGGCGGGGAUCUCCACGUGUACGGGACCCAGGAAGGCCGUGACGGGUACGACUGCAUCGAGUGGAUCGCGCGGCAGCCUUGGUGCAACGAGAGAGUCGCUAUGGCUGGGAACUCGUGGCUUGGCACGACGCAGUGGUUCAUUGCUGCCGAACGGCCUCCUCAUCUUACCUGCAUGGCGCCCUGGGAAGGGCUGGGUGAUUACUACAGGGAGUCUAUUUGUCGCGGCGGUAUUCCCGACCACGCUUUCUGGGACGUGUUGAUGGACUGGGCAUGCGGACCUGGGAAACGCGAGGACGUCGGCGCCAUGGUAGAGAAGUAUGGUACUUGGAACGACUACUGGGAAGACAAGAAACCCAAGCUCCGCAACAUCACGACUCCGAUGCUGCGCUGGACCGUGACCCAGGAAUGGCACGAUAUCUACCAGCCAGAGAACCUCGACGACCUGCAGCGCUUCUUCGACAAGUACAUGCUCGACAAGGACAACGGCUGGGAGAGCACGCCGAAGAUCCGGUACGCGCUUUUGGGCUACAAUCGUCCCAGCGCGGCGAACCGGCCAGCUGCGGAGUAUCCCCCAGCCAAAUUCAAGUACGAAACCUUGUUCCUCGACGCGACGAAGGGAACCUUGGAACAGAGCAAACCCUCAGUCGAAGGCGUGGUUGAAUACCAAGCGGAUUCGCCUGCUGACGUUGGAUGCUCUUUCCGCCACACCUUUGAGAACUACACUGAGCUGUGUGGUAUCUCAAAGGCCAAAGUCUACAUGUCAACUCAGGAUCAUGACGAUAUGGACGUCUACGUUGUCCUCCGCAAACUCGACAAGAACGGCGAAGCACUGUGGCACCAGAAUAUUCCCAUGAAAGACCUUCCGGAGGGCACAACCGUGGACGAUAUUCCGAAUGAGAACAUCUGGCGCUACAUCGGGCCCAAUGGCCGUCUUCGCGCAUCCCAUCGCGCCGUUGCGAAUGAGUCGCUCGAGGGACUCGAUCAAGACGCAUACAAGGCACUCAUGGGACCCGCGUACGUGUACCAUCCCCACACGGCACCGCAAGUGUUGCGCCGCGGCGAGGUGGUCGAGCUUGAGAUCAGCCUCUGGCCUGGCGGCAUGAUCUUCGAUCCCGGGGAAUCUAUGAGCCUCGAGAUCAAGGGUCGACAUCCCAUCAUGCCCGAGUUUGAGGGUUUGGAUAAGCGCAUUGUGAAUUACAACGUCGGACGACAUAGGCUGCACACGGGUGGGAGAUAUGAGUCGCAGUUCCUGGUGAACUUGUGGAAGAGCGUCGACUAA